AUAACCAACACCCCUCGAUCUGACGCAAGUCUUGUAGCUAGGCUCCACAUAACGCUGGGUAAAUUGUGCCAUUAAAGUUCUGGCUCUAGCGUUGCUCAACCCCUCUUUCAGCACCCAAAAGUGAUUUUAGUCGGCGUUAAUCUUAAGGACUGCAUUUAAAAGGACCACGAGAGUCCCAAAAGAAAGUGUGCGAUGGCUUCGACUCCCUCCGCUUCUGCCCUGUCAGCUGUUCUCCGGUGUCAGGGGAAUAUCCUCGCCCGAAAACAGGCGAGCAAGAAGCGGCCUCCCGCCUCAGUGUACGGGCUCGGGAUGACAUGUGGAGGAGACUCGGUCAAAUCUUAUUUUCGCUCUCUUUGGGGAUUCAUAUUUCACAGGGAGCGAGUGGAGAUUCCCGGAGUUUUGACCAUUUCAGCGCGAUUUGAAACGGGUUGUUCGGGUAAAUCUUCGAGAGGAAAUAGUGAAUCCAAAGAUCUUCUGGUCAAAAGCUCCCUAAAGACUGACAACAAAAUGUUAACCAUGAAAGUAUCAAGUGAACCAAAUCAACGGCCAAAGACGAAACUGACGUCGGAUAAAACUUUUGCUUUUAAAUCCCAAAGAUACAGUGUUUUAUCCAACAACAGCCUGGUUCUUCGACUGGAUGGCACUUAUUUACGAAAACUAAACUCAGAUUAUCCAUGCACUUGCUGUAUUUGUAUAGUUUGCGCUCGGAGUAAGAGCACGCUAAAUUACAGUAAUGUGAAUCCAUUGUUUUCUCUUGGCUUUUUGUGGAUUUUAAAACAUAAACUUAUAUAUUUAUCAACCGCAGUGUCAGACAGUGUGCGGAAACUUGGAAUUGGCUGGAACCAGCUUCAUCCGGAUUGUGAUAAGUUUAGUGGAUGUGUCAAAUGUACUUCUGAACAUCACAAGGAUCGACCUAAGACACUGGAAGGAGCUGAACCUGGGGAAUGAGUUGUCUUCUAGAGACUGUGGAUGGCAUGCACUUCACACAAAUGCACUUUCAUAGAUAGAUAGAAUGACUGAUUGAUAGACAGAAAUAUAGAUAUAUGUGAAUGUAUAGAAUGUCAGUAAUUGUAGUCUUAUGUUCUUUCAUGUGCUGUCUUGUUCACUUCAGCUUUAUGGGAUGUAUUGUAUUGUUUUGUACACUGUCUACUUGAUUUUGCACUGUUAUUGCCAGCCAAAUUUUCCCUUUGGAUUAAGAAACUAUUAUUACUAUACAAACUGCUGACCAUCUUCAGAUUUUCUAAUCUGGUAAAAAAAAAGUAAGAAUAAGAAUGUUGUUAAGUGAACAGAAAUCUGAUGCUGAAAUAGCUACUGGUUUGACUUUGUUUAUUAUUAAAUAGGCCACAUAAUACUGCUUCAUUAAAAAACAUCAAGAAUGUGUGUUUUUUAUAUUAAUUGUAUAAUCUUACAAAAAAUCUUGAAUCUUGAGAUUUGAAUCUGACUCAAUAAAAUAAAAACUUCCAUUA